GUCGAACGCUACUCGCCCGCUCAGCCGCUCUCCGUUCCGAUCGAGAACUUCGCGUCGCGCAUUUUCCUCCUCGCUCGCGCGCUCCCUAACCUCCACCGCCGGCCGUCCGCCGACGAUGCGUCUGGCCUGAACCAUGGCCCUAACGCUACGCAUCAUGCUGCUCCUGAUGAUGAUCAUGCACGCCUCCUCGGUGCUGUCGGUCAACGAGAACUUCCUCAAGAUGUUCGAAGGGCAGGCGCCCGCCGAUCCGUGCUACGACGAGGACCGGCCCCGCCGGUGCAUCCCGGACUUCGUCAACGCCGCCUUCGGCGUGCCCGUGAAGGCGUCGUCGACGUGCGGCGUCGCCAGUCCGGUGCACUAUUGCGAGGCGCCGGAGCCGGGCGCGAAUCCGCAGUGCCGCGUCUGCGACGACAAGCAGCCGAAGACCAGGUUUCCGGCCGCUUACCUCACGGAUCUGAACAAUCCCAACAACGUGACCUGCUGGAGAUCAGAGCCCGUGCCGCCGGUCACCAACAUCAACGCGCCGCCCGAUAACGUUACCCUAACGCUGAGCUUGGGUAAGAAGUACGAGCUGACGUACGUCAGCCUGCAGUUUUGUCCCAAUACAUCCAAACCCGACUCCAUAGCCAUAUACAAGAGCAUGGAUUACGGAAAGACCUGGCAACCUUUCCAGUUCUAUUCGUCGCAGUGUAGACGCGUUUACGGUCGACCUAAUAGAGCUACUAUAACGAAAACCAACGAACAAGAAGCUAGGUGCACGGACGCCCACCGGUACACCGGCGGCGAUAUGCUCAAUUUCGGGCAAACCUCCAGGAUAGCGUUCAGCACGCUGGAAGGCCGGCCCAGCGCCUCGGACUUCGACAACAGCCCCGUGCUGCAGGAUUGGGUGACGGCCACCGACAUCAAAGUGGUCUUCAACCGGCUCUACAUGCCCGUCGAGGACAACUUCUCCGACAACCUGGACAUCCUCGUCGACGAGCACCUGCUGCACAAGCACCUCGACGAGCACCAGGAGCUGAAGGAGCCGACGGUGCAGCUGGUGAACGAGAUGCAAGCGGAGGACAACGACGACGCGUCCGCGGGCGCUGCCGGGGCGAAGGCGCCGGUGCCUUCGGAGCUCACCUCCAACGGGAUCGUCGGGGUGUACCACCAGGUGACGCAUCAAUACGCCGUGUCGGAUUUCGCCGUCGGCGGGCGAUGCAAGUGCAACGGGCACGCCAGCAGGUGCGCUACGGGUCGCGACGGGCUGUUGGCAUGCGAAUGUAAACACAAUACGGCCGGCAGGGACUGCGAGCGCUGCAAGCCGUUCCAUUUCGACAGGCCUUGGGGCAGGGCCACCACCAGGGACGCCAACGAAUGCAAAGCUUGCGAAUGCAACCAGCACGCACGCAGGUGCAGAUUCAACAUGGAGCUGUACAAGCUGAGCGGCAGGGUGUCAGGAGGUGUUUGCUUGAAAUGCCGCCAUUACACGGCCGGAAGACACUGCCACUACUGUCGCGAGGGAUUCUACAGGGAUCCCAACAGGGCAAUCACUCAUCGCAGGGCAUGCAAACCUUGCGAUUGCCAUCCGAUUGGAGCGUCGGGAAAGACAUGUAACCAAGCUUCAGGACAAUGUCCUUGCAAGGACGGAGUAGUAGGGAUAACUUGCAAUCGGUGCGCCAAAGGAUACCAACAGAGCAGGUCGCAUAUAGCACCGUGUAUUAAAAUUCCCGUGGUUCAAAUGAUGGCUACAGAGGAAGAUAAUGAAGGAUACGAAGAUUAUCCUGAAAACAAACCUGCAGAUCAGUGCGGAAAAUGCAAGGCGGCCACCAGGAGACUCAACAUGAACAAGUAUUGCAAGAGAGAUUACGCAAUAAUGGCGAAGGUGUUGUCGCGCAUCGAUAACAACGAAGCGGAGUACACGAAGGGAUGGGUCAGAUUCAUGAUCAACGUGGAGUUCAUCUACAAGAAGUCCAAGGAGUCGAGAAUCCGCAAAGGAACCAUGCCCAUGCUGGUACCUGCAGCGGACCUGGCUUGCAAAUGCCCCAAAAUCAAAUCCAACAAAUCGUACCUCUUCCUGGGUAGAGAACGGGACGACUCUCCGGGAGGGAUAGUCACAGGCAGCCUGGGGGUGACCCAGAGGUCCAUAGUGAUCGAAUGGAAGGACGAGUGGGAUCAGAGGAUGCGGAGGUUCCGUCGCCGGGCCAGGAAAUGCAAAUGAGCGGGGUCGAAGGCUUAGGCUCGUCGCGGCCUCGGUGUGAUCGAAAGAGUUUGCAUGACCUUCCUGGAGGAUUCGUUGCUAUUUAUUAAUAGAAUUCGGUGUCAAAAUGUUUGAAUGUUGUCGAUUUUAAGCCAAGUAAGUUUUGUAGUUAAUCGAUUUUUGUAAUACCUGAAUUUAUAUUAACGAAAUUAUAUACGUAAAAAUAGUGACUCUUUGAGGAUUGGAUCGGUUUCUUAACGAGAUUGUUUCUGUUCUACAGGGUGGUUCGUUAAAAACGGGGAAUACUGAAAUUGGAAAUGUUACAUCCGAAAUAGGCAAAUUUUGAUCUGUAGUUUUUCUUGUAUUGGAUUUUCCUGUUCUUUAAGAAUCAUCCUGUAUAUUUAAUAUGUAUGUCUAAUGUAUAAUUUAGAUUGAAUAUUGAAUCUUUAUUAAUGAUGGUAGGUUAACUGUGAUUCGUCGGAUAUUUUUCAGUAUUCAAAUAGUUCUUGAUAUGUAUUUAAAUCAGAUUAUAUUUUUAUCGCAUCGUCAUUAGGGGAAUUUUAAUUCGUCAGUUAAUCGGUGAUUCUUUUUAUGUUACUAAUUAAGUUUAAUUCCUAAAUAAAAUACUUCCUGCUAAACUUGAGAAUGAGCAAAGGAGAUUUUUCUUGUUUAUUCUGGCUCUCUUAUUAUCCACAUUAAAUUUAUAAUUAUUUACAGUAGAUUUUGAGUUGAAAUAUUUUUUUUAUCUACAACUAUGAUUUUUUUGAAAGAUUUUUCAUGGAUUUUUUAAGGUAUUCUAUUUUCUCUUGAUGUGCAUAUCAAUAUACUAGGAAGUAUUGGAAUUAAAGUUCUAAAUAGACAUUUAAGAAGAUUCACUGAAAAUUUUUAUUCCCCUUGGAUUCGUUCACGAUAUAUUUUUGUUUAUUAGUAAUUCGUUUGCUAGGUAUUUGUUUAAUUAACCGAAUCAAAAAGAACGUGACUUAAUUUUUUUGUAUAUCUACUAAAUGCACUGUACCAAAUGCAUUUUUGUAUCAGCAUAAUUACGAUACCUAAGACAAUUUGUAAUUAUUUUUUAUUUUGUACAUAAUUUCCGAAUAGUCGUGAUUAAUAUAAUUUAUUUAUUGUGUGAAUAAGCAUUGGAAAUCAACGCGCAAAUGCCUCGAAUGUGUGCCAUGUAUAUUUUCGUUUUCUUAUUUUGUUGUUCUCUUUAUUUAUUUUCGAAGCGAAAUAUGCGAAUCGGUCGAGCUAUAGCUUUAGGUUCUGUUGCUGCUAAAGAAACAAACCGUCCUUCCAUUGAACUCGCCCAGUAUUUUCUAUUAUUGUUACACAAUAAAAUGUAUAAAAUAUAUUUCAUUUUUUUCGUAUAUUGAAGUCUGAUAAAUGAAGUUCCUCUCCUAUUGUUUUAAUGAAUACAAGCCAGUUAAUCAGUAUAUACAGGGUGAUGACUAGAACUUGGCAAUUAACAAGAAAAUUCAUAAAAUAUUUCCUGUAUAUUUUACAUUUCGAACGCAAAGCAAAUUUUCUACCGAUUUACAUAGUUCAACGAGUGAUUGUAAAUGAAAAAGUGUUUUAUUAGUAGUACCUAUAUCAGAUUAUUGUACAGUAUUAUCAAUUUAAUGUUAAGAAAACAUCUGUAUUCCAUAAUAAUUAAUAUAUCGAUAAAAUAACAAAUAUGAAUAUCCGAGUUCUAUAUUUUACGUGACCUGAAGGAGCCUAUAACACAAUUUUCGGAUGAAGUGCAAAAGUAGGGAGAAAAGUGAAUAUCCCUACUUUUGUAGCAAAAUGUUUGGGGACAUUUCGAGUAUUUUGAUAUAGAACGAGGAUCGUGAGAUUGGGAUUAUCACGUAACUUCAAAAAAUACAAAUUUUUCUUUCAAUAUUUCCUUUUUAUUAAGCUAUAAAAAACAAGUUACUGAAUUUUAAAUAAUUGAUAAAUUCAUUUUCAAUCAAGAACAACAGAACGAAACGGUAUUCAAAUCAUGGAAAUAGUUUGCAAUAAUAAUAAAUUAAUAAUCUCAAUCUCGAUAUUACAACUAAAUUAGUUCCUAGAGACCCCAUUAUGAAUAUAAAUGUUUAUAAUUAAUAUCAAAAAAUUAACCCUAGGUCUAGAAUCUGUGUCGUCAACAUAUCAAAUCUGUAAUGUGCUUCGAAACUCAGCUAUGUUGAAUAAAAAGAUAAAUCUUGCG